CGCGGCCGGCGUGGAGGGCUUUCACACUCCGCUUCCUUGGCAGGUCCGGAGCGUAGUGGUCGCCUCCAGUGUAAACGUAUGACUCGGUUGCUGUAAACCUGCGCAACAUGUCUUUCACGGUGUGUUUUCUCUUGGCUUUAUUUCUACCGAUGUCCAUGAGUGGUACCUGCGAUAUACACGAGUCCGUUUUCGACAGAGGUCUGAGAAAGCUGCUCAGCUCAGAUCGAUUCUCCAAAGUAGAUUUGCCAGUCUUUACGCAGAACGUGGGUGGCUUUUUGAACGUGAGAGCAGGCUUCUCCGAUGGCGUGCUGCGCGGCCUCGGCAGCACUCGGAGGAACGGCGAAGGUGUGUUCCGCGUUGACGACACCGGCAGCGGACUGACUUUCCAUAUAGUGGGAGGGCCCCUGGAGGCUGACUAUACCGCAGGACUCCAGGCUGGCUUCCUACGAGCAACUGUAGAUCUACGCGCCCGCAUCCCACGCUUCCAGGCUUCGUUCAGCGUGCAAGAGUCAUCGCUGAAUGAACUUCGCUUUGAGGUGUACGGAGUGAAGAUUUCUAGGAUUCGUCUGUUAUUGGACGAGGAAGACGACAUCAGUUUGGACGGCGCCAUCUACGACAUCGUAUUCGACCAGUUGAGACCCUUCAUUCAGCGGAAGGUUGGCGAAGCCCUGGUUCAGGAGCUCCGAAAAGUGGCAGCGGAGACACUCGGGGCAAUCAAGCUAUACGCCGUGGCUAGCGCGGAGCGCACCAUUCGCUCAGAAGACUCACCAGCUACACGUGGGUGGAAAAAGGGAUUUCAUGCUGCCACGAGUUAUUUGGCCCUCACAGAAGGCAGACGUUCUCAUCAAAGUGACAGCAACGCAUAUUCAGGAUCAAGCAGAGACAUAGGCAAGCUAACGGCGCAGUGGCUGCACCCUGUCGGGGCUCGCAGGCAGCGCCAGGUGGGUGUCUUCGACGGCUGCCUGAAAACGCUUGUGGUGUCGACGGGAUUCGAGCCCGCACCUCUUCCCGACGAUCUCGAAGCGUUCACUUUCUCCAUAGGCCAGGUACAGGUGACAGAGGGUAACGUGACCGGCCUCUCGAACGUCUCUGUAAACGGCUACUGCUGGACGUUGGUCGGCGAGUGUGGUCUCCGGGCUCGGUUCAACCUGGCUUUCAAGGACAUCGGAGUCCGGGCGGCAGCGUCGGUCGGCGCCUUCUAUAUGAGCACGAGCGCAACCUUCGACGUGCGGAUCCCGGCACUGGAGGUCCUUCUAGAAAUCCAAGAGACCGAAGAUGCACUUCAAGUUAUGACCUACGACGUGACCUUCACCUCUAACGUCACGGUCACGACGUCAACUUCGGGGGCACUUGGUACAGUUUUCGACUUCUUCGGUGGACUGCCCGAGAAGACGCUAGAAGAAGAAGAUCUUCAGCUACUGAAAGCAUCUUCGCUCAAAUACGUUCAAAGAAUCGUCGACGCUGUUCGGAGCUUCAUCGCCGAUCCUCCGCCUAUACCAAUCAGUUGAAUGCUCACACUUCAAGGAAAAUGUUGACACAAAUUCUACGAUGCCGUACCGUGAGCAAGCAUGCGCAACAUGCUAGAGCAUCCUUUCCAAGAAGACGCUUAGCAGUACUAGUCAAAACGUAUUGUUGGCCUAGUUGGUUCAUUAUGGCAACAAACGACACCAGAGAACACAAAGCAUAAGCAAUGAGACUGAGACGCCUUGCGAUCGUCUCGAUCGGUUUACCUGUGUUUUGUGUUCUUUGGCCCUGUUUGCUGCCUAAUUAUCAUGACGAAAAUGUAAAUUAUUCUUAAUAAUGUUUGAUUUCCUGUCGAGAUUGAAGCUUGUCAAUCGGUUGUCUUGCGUGAACUGCACAAGUAAAUUAAAAGCGCGGAAAUGUAUCUUCUUGCCUGAUUUACUGACGUCUCUUCACAGUGAGCAUACCGAAAUAUAUUAGCCAGGAGUAAAAAAGAUGAGAAAAUGCGAUGCUUUUUUUACAGAAAUACCAGUGUUUUGGGGGGAAAUACUUUGUCUUUACACCCCCAUUUCGCAUCACCGCACUUUUCGGCAUUUACCAUUACUGUGCAGUGGAAGACCUUUUUUUGUAAACACUCUUCGUCGCAGACUACAAAAAGCACCCGUGCUAUAAGUUUAUAGCACCAUGAAAGUUCCUGAAAAAUCUAGGCUGCGGCAUGAACACACCAACCCACCACAUGAUGUUAUAUGUUCAUCUCUUUGUUUCGACAAAGAAAAUUGUUUUUACCAUAACAAAUAAAGACAUGAGGAAACGAAUGCUCCAUCUCCGAC